CCCGGAGGAUCAUGGGAAGCAUUUCUGGCUACUGAAGCGGAGGGAGUUUCGAAAUAUUUCGUGAUUAUAUACGGUAUAUAUUCCAAAUAGUUUCCUGAAUGCACAGUCACAAGGAAGCACUGAUGCUGUCUUUCAAACAUGGAGCUGAAGUUGGAAGUUGUUCUGUCAUCCAGCAUCAAACGGAAGAAACCAUGGCCGCGCUUCUGCUGGCUCGGGCAGGAAAAGGAAUCUGUGUUUCUGUUGGAUGACAAGAGGAUCAGUGAAAUUAACAUGGUGUCUGGUCGUACCAAGAAGAGAACUCCUAAACUCCAUCCUUUGCUCAACAAUGUUGUGACAAUGGCUUCAUCGCAAAACGGUAUGUGGCUUUGUGGUCUUUUGGUCUCUGGAGAAGUGUUUCUGUGGAACCGGGAUAAAGAUUUGUUGAAGACUGCUGCAGGAGUCCCAGAAGUAGUUCAGAUAAUUACUUCUUUUCAGGGAAAUUCCACAAGGCUGUCCCUCCAGGUUUCCUGUGAUGGGACACGUGUGCUACUGGUGGCCAUAACUGGGCAAGUUUUCCUGUGGGAAUGUAUAGAUGUGAAGGAUUUGACAGGAUUGCGAGAUGGUCCGGUCAAAGGACACUGGGCUCUGAUAAAGUCCCUAGAAGACACCAUCCUGCCUUCUUCCCAAGACAAAGAAGCAUCCCAGCACACAAUUUUUGUCAAGACAGAGGUUAUGGGUGAUAGCUGCUUAUCAGCCUUUGUUUUCACAUCUGGGGAGAAGCUUGUUAUCACUUGCCUUAAAAUUGAAUGGAAAGAAGGUCACGUGAAAUCAGGUUCUGUGGGAUACAGGAUACAGUGGGCCACUAAGACGUAUCCCAUGUCUCGUCUCACUCCACCCUGCCAACCAGUGAAGUCCAGAGGGGCUUUGGUGCCAGCCUUCUCACCAGAUGGCCGAAUGUUAGCCAUUGUUCUGAACCAGAGGAAACCUAAGGCUACACAGGUCCUCUUUGUGAGCAUGCAGAAUUUUGUCUCGAUAUCAAGUGGCCUCGGAGGAUGUGGAAGUAAGAAAAUGGAGAUCCCCUCCAAAUACAUAAGGUCCUAUUGGGUGGGCAAUGUCAGUUGGUCCCCUGGAGGCCUUUUCUUCGCCUGUGUUUUGAAGCGAGGCUCCCUUCUUAUGCUGCCUCGCCUUGGGGGUCUGCUCACUUUAACAAGCUCUGGUUGCAAUGUCGACUUUGGGCCUGCACACUUCCUACCCCUGCACCCUCUUGUCACUUACCGUCCACCCAUGUCUACAAAGAAUGGGGAAGCCUCUUUGUCCAGCUCCAGUUUGUCUGUGCGGGACGUGAUGAGACAGCGGUAUUCUGUGACCUGGCAUCCACGACUGUUGUAUCUCAUUGUGUCUGAUGGUUACAUGGCCACAGUGAUGAGGGUGUUAGACAGGCCUUCUCCUGCCCUGUUACUAAAAACACUUCUGAAGGACACAAGAAAAGAUCUUGAGAAGACCAGCCGAAUGCUGGAUGAAUCACAGAGUCAUGUAAAGGCAUGGUUGGACUCGGUAUCCUGCUUGAAUCUGGACCUCAGCCUGGAUGUAUUCAGUCCCACUAGUACAUGUCGACCCAAGACCACAGGCUCUUUCAUUUCAGCAGCCACAAAUGGAUCCACUUUGCCUCAAUUUCUGCUGGACCAGCAGACACUGGGUGUCACAAAGGAGCUUCUUGAAAACAUACAAGCUGUCUUUGAAGAUGACUCUGAUCUAGAUGGACUUCCUGCCGGUUCUCAUGUGGAGGAUGGUGGUCGUUUGGAGUUUGCAUCAAUGUUUGACACGAUCCAUGCCCUAGAGACACACACUGACACCGCAUUUGUUACUGGCCAAGAUUAUGAAACUGACUCUGUUGAAAUGGAGAGAGAGACUCUUCUUCACCGUGAACUUGGGAAGAUCCAGAGUAGACUGUUGACUGCGUGGGCCUUUGGCAUCUCUCUUGGAAAUGCAGUGGAACACAGAGCUCCUCUGCUGAGGCGCACCCUCCACUUUGUGGUUCGAUUUGCUGCUUUACUCCAUUUGGUACCCAACUCUGUCAUCCAUACAGGAAGAAUGAAUACCUCGCCAUUUACUUGCCUCUCACAGCUCAUCAAGACCCUUUUUUCUUUCCUUUCCUGGGAUACUGUUCACUCAGAUGGGCCCAACUGCUUAGGGCUGAUGGUGGAGUUCACGAAACAGAUAAUAUGCCUUAUUCUAAACCCUCAUCCUGACUCCAAACACAUGAGCCAAUGCCUUGUAUCAUCUGAAAGUCUAUCCAGAGUCAUGCUUAUAUUGCAGCUUAUCUCUGAUUCUCUUGACCACACUUACUGCUUGCAACAAGAAUCUGACUGGCCCUCUAUCGAGAAGGAAUCUGCUUCACAUCCACCGCAGCUCUCGCCUUCAGAUAUAUAUCAUGUGCCUCAGUUACAGGAUGAGAAAGAGGAGAAAUCAAUUUUUGUACCUCAAGCUCAACCUGUUCCUCAGCGACCGUCCAGCAGAUUGUUGGGAGUGUGGCAGCUGGUGUACAGGGUCACCCAGCAGUAUAAAGAGGAACUAAAAAGAUUUAAAGGCUGUGAUGGCUGGGACGAGGAAGAUCAGCAUUUGUCUGUCAUCAUGUCCCAGAUUCAGACAGCACUGCAGGAUAUUGGAGAAAGACUAGAAGAGGGCCCCGCACUGCUGAGUUAUCCAGGUGAACAUCUUUUCCUGUGUGGCUUAUACCCACAAAGUGCAGAUGUGUGGCGGUUACAGAUUUGUCAAGAGAGUGAAAAAAGUUGUGAUCGUAGUGUCUUUCAGCAGACACGGCUUUGUCUGGCUCUCCUGUAUAGUCUGCUAUCACAGUACCAGCUAAAAGAAGCCCAGCAGCUGGGGGACCACAUGUCUCAACUGAUACUGUACAGGGCUCGACAGGAGAAGGACAGCGUGACCUCCAAAACCUCAUCUUUGAUAGAUUCUCUUCCUUGCCCAUGGCUCCCGAUGGACCUUCACAGUGACGCUGCCUUUGCGGUGGUUCAGACACUGGGGAGAUUCAUGGCCUCUUACUUCACCAACCAGCUGCUCUUCAUCCUGCCCCCUCACAAUGUUGUAGUUCUGCCUCCACUACAUCUACCUCAUGCCCCUAGUGUUGAGCGUGUGGUGUCGUUGUGCCAAGAGGAGGUGGCUCGCGCAGUUCGACAGCAGCAUCUUUCAGAAGUAUGGACAGUGGACUAUGCUCAGGACCUGCUCCUCAUAGGGGGUCUACUUCCUGAGUCUGUUUGGUUGGCUUAUCAUCUGGGGGACUGGAAAACAGCAGUGUCUCUGAGCCUGGCGUACACCAGUUACUGCACCAACCAUUUUGACUUCACUCGGCUCAGGAGGAGAGAGCUCCACCUACCAGCAGUUUUAGAACCAGAAAGCAUUUUUCAGGCAGAGUUGGAGUCUUUUCUGGGCAACAAGACUGCCUCCCAAGACUGCAUUGAUAAAGAUGCAGACAAGAGCUUAUCAGAUCCUUUGGAAGGAGAAGAUUGGGACUUGUUACAGAUCUCCAUACAGGAGAUUCUGAAAGCUUCAGUCAUUGCAGGACUGAAUGUUUUAUCUUCACCCUUGUCUACCUUGCUGGACAAAGCCAAAGACCUGUGUUCUUCCCUACCUACCUUGGUGCCCAUUGGACUGUAUCUUCCUUCCCCACCUCUCUACUGUCCACAGCCUUCUCCCAACACACAGGAUCAAAUCGGGACAGAGGGGCAGUUUGCAGAAAUCACAUGUCGACACAAAGUCUCUAUGGAUCUCCAAAGAUUAGUGUUGCUCCUAAGAUCUGGCCGGUGUUGCCGUCCUGCUGCUCAGUGGUACAUCAGCUCUCUGCGCCGUGCCAGACACCUGCUACACAAGAUCAAGAAGAAGUAUUCUUAUCGAUCCGCUGCUGAGGAGGAAAAGGCUUUCCCAGAUGGACUGAUGAAGUUCAUCACUCGUAGUAGUUUUUUCAGAAGGGGGCCGAAUAAUGAUGGUCACCUGGACUCUGACAGCAUUCAGACUAUUAUUGUUUUCAGGGAGCUGUGUGCUCUAUGCUGGAUGCUGCAUGUCAGAGACCAGCUCUCAAUAUGUUGCAGGAGGUAUCAGGCUGCCAGAGAGCAUGUUACAGAUGAAAAGUUUUCUGGAGAUUCUGAAGUGAAUUCCGCCUGUGUUGAUGCUCUCCUUUGGGCCUGUCGACUUCUGCCUUUCUCACGCUUCCUCAGUGCUGAUGAAAUUCUUCAAGACAUACUGCUCAGCCUCAUGUCUGAACUACCUCCUGUGUCUCUGGUUGCAGACACACUUGUAAAAGCCUUCCCAGAGGAGAAAGAGUCUGUCAGAGUCCCUUUGAGAGAAAAGUAUAACUCGCUGUUGGAGAGGCUGAGGCAGUGCAAUGUGCUUGAUGGGGAAAAAGAAGAAGGCAACGAGCUCAUGGUGAUUCUCAUUCAAGACAAACACAGGCAAAGGAGGAAACAUCUGGCACGACUAGAAAGGCACUUGGCUCCCCCUGUGCUAAAUCUGUGGGAGAAAGAAGAAGCAGAGGAGGAUGAUCGGGAACAUGGGAUGUCCAUGUUAGGGCAGCUGUCACUGGGUACAAGUCUGAGUACCAGCACCAUAACUGACUGUGGGUUCCCAUCAGUGCGAAGUGAUGGAGACACAGCAGAUGAUACAUCUGGGGCAGUCUCUCCUGAACAGUAUUCUAGAGCCAUGACCAGAGUCAAAAGAAAGGAGAAAGAAAGAGAAAAUGAGAAGAAGACUGCUGUUAAGAUUGAAAGCGUAAUUCAAGAGGAGAGUCACCAAGGCAGUGCCAAGGAAAUAAAGGAGCCCUCCCCACCAGUGGUUGGGACCUGGGAGUUUGAGCUGGAGGAUGAGGAGUACUUGAGUUUCCUGGAGCUCUUCCUCAGCUACGUGCUAGAGAAGGAUAGUACCGAUGGUGGGGACUCGAGCAUUGAACUUCCUUUGUUUAAGGCCUACUGCUCUGAGCUGAGGAAGAAGGAGUUGCAUUCUCUCACCUUUGACGUGCUCACCACCAUACAUCGUCGUCAAAGAGAUGGGCUCAAUCCAGCAAGAAAACACCCAGGCCAUGAUCCACCUGUAUUCAGAGCUGGUUAUUGCUACAGACCUGUAAAACGUGGCACAACACCUGAACUGCAAACUUCCUCUGUCUGGAAUGAAAUCCCCAUAACCAGGUCUAACCUUUCUGUCAGUUCUCAUCCUGGACUGAGAAUAGGGGGGCAAAAAGGUUUGUUUGGCCUCCGACAGCAAAGCAGUGUGCCUUUAGACCAAAGAGUGAUGGGAGGGCUCUCUGGUAGUGAAAGUAGGCCUAAUCAAAGUGCCUUAACCACUGCACAGCCAUCAGAUAACAUAUUUAGUCCUUCAGUGUCUGUGGAAGCUGUAACUGAAUUGCAGCAGGGCUUGGAUACUAAAUUGGAAUCUAAGUUUCCAGAACUGGGCAGGCUGCUGGUGUGGAUGGUUCGCUGGGCUGACAAAAGGGUGCUAAUGGGGCAUCAUGGUAGAGUAAAGAAAGAUAAAGGAGGAAAAGUUGGACGAACAGCAGAUGAAGGUGUAGUGAUUCGCGUCAAAGCCUCAGCACCUGCCAUCCUUACUUCCCUCAGUUUGCUGGAGCGCAGGUACAAGGCUCAACUUGGGAUGGACUGCUUUAGCGCCCACUUCCGAGUCCCAGAAAUGGAAUGGAGAGUAGCCCCUGUGCUGCAGUCUGAGGUGGAAAGUAAACUAGAAAGAGAGAGCAGUGUUGACACAGGUUACCCCGGAUCAGCUAACACUCCUGUCACUGGUCUAGAUCACAUCCUACAGCAAGGAGAACUAUCCAUUGGUUCUCAUAUAGAUGAACCAGAAGAGCUGACAAGUCACCAGAGUCCUCCCCCUGCUGUCCAGAAUCAGCUGACUUUUGAUGCGCCACACAGACCGUCAAGUCCAAUACAGCCAUCUCUCGAUGACUUAGAUGUUACACCUGAAAAAGACUGCAAACACAGUGACAGUGAGGGCUUGGAUGUGUUGUCUUCUGGUCCCAGUGGAAAAAGCUGCACACCCGACACAAGUUUAAAGCUUGCAGACCUAGACUGCUCAGAAAAAGCUGACGAUAUGUCCAGUUCCACCUCUGUUCAUGCUGGAAGCGUACAAGAACCUCCACACCCAGAGCCUCCUGCUCCUUCCAUUAUACAGUCUGAGGCUACAGUCCAGGCAGAAACCACUGAUUCAGCUGGCAUGCCACCCCCCAAACCAUCUGUAGCUCCUUCAAACUUUCAUCCACAAAGCUCCACAGCUAGUGGAGCCACUGCAUAUUCUCCAAACUCCAAUCAGCCGUCAACCACCCACAUUCCACCAAUGAGAGAAAGUCUGGGUGAAGACUUACUCAGGCUGGUUCAGCAUAUCAACUACAUGAGUCUGAGAGAGGUUUUGGGAGUUACAUUUGCCAACCUACAACUUGCCCAGCAGAGUGCUUGUUUGACCCACCCAGACAUGAACUCCUCAGACCCUAAUGUGCCAUCAUCUUCUACUACCAGAUUCAUUCCUGAACCAAGCGCCUUACCCAAUCAAGCUACCGUCUCUGUGCCACAUCCAGUACAGGCAUAUUCAGGAUCCAAGAAUACCCAGUUCAUUCACACCCAUACACGCAGACCUCCAGACCAGCCUGCCAAGCAGCAGACACAGACAAAAGCUCUGCUGUCUAGUACAACCAGUGUAAAUUUUCAGGAAAUGCAGCCACUCUCCGUCCAGGCGGACUCGGCAGAUGUUCAGCUGUUUGAGAGCAGGAAGUUAAUCCCCUCCUCCGAGGGCCUUCUCGCCACCACAGACACUGUUCACAGCACUCCUGUGUUGCAGCCUUAUAAUGGUAGCAACCAAAAUGACUCUGUUCCACAGGUUUUGGGUCUGAAGUUACCCCAGCAGAAUGCCCCGCAGUGUUAUCCGGCCCAAAACCCCCAAGCAUUGCACACUUUAAAUCCUGCAACCUCAAAAUUUGAUCAGAAAAAGUUGCACAGUGACCAAACCACCUUAAAGAAAGCAGAUGGGUCUUCAGUUCCAAAAAGACAGCUGAAUUUUAAUCCUCCACACAAUCCUACUCCCAGAAACUCUCAAAAUCAGAUUUGGCCAUCAGAGCAGUCCAGAGGUCAAGAGUUCUCCCUACUCCCUCACGCUUUUCCAGCUCACACACCUGCAGCAAUGCAGGGCCUUCGCCUUCUGCACUUACAGUCUGUUUCUCAAAGCAACAUCAAAUUCCCCAGAUUGCCUUCUUCUCCCAGACAUCCUCCUUUGAUUGCAGCUCCAAUUAGAGAAGCACCUGCGAUCAAGCUUCUACAUAUUAACUCUGAACCAAAAAUGAAGUUGCCUUUGGCCACUGCUUCAACCCAUGUAACUCGUCUCUUUUCGAUGGAAGAUUUGACUAACUUAGUGAAGAGAAACCCAAAUGCUGAAGAGGCUCGGCUGCAGUUACUUAGAGUAGACCCAUCUGCUGAAACAACUAGAAGAGACCCCACUUCUUCCACCUCUAUCUCCAGCAAGAGGCUGAAGAGGAGAGAGGGGAAGGCGAGAAAAACAGAGGUCACAUUCAGACCAAAUGACUCUAUCAUUCCUACACAUGAGCCAGCUGGACUUCCUGUGAGUGAAGAGCCUGCAGCUGCCAAAGAGAUCAUCCCUGAACAGGAUAUUCCCAUUCUUCCUGAACCUUUUGACUCUUCACUGACUGGUCAGAGAUUAUUGGACAGAGUUAUGUCCACUUCAGCUGAGCUCCAUGCCUUUGCUUCCACAUGUAAACGGCCCCCAGAGUGCCAUGAUGCUUCCACCAACACAGAUGCAGGUUAUACUCCCAAGCUUGUGGAUAAAGCUGUAUCUGUCCAGGCUGGCAGCCCUAAAUCACAAAAUUCUGGGGAUUUCCGGGCGUGCACUGAAGUCACUAUUCAGAACACCAAGGAGCCAAGACAGGAGGAAGAGAAAGUUUUGGAGAUGGGCAGCCGCCAGUUCAUAAGUGUCUUAGAUCUAGAGGAAAGGAGGCACCAUAAGGAUCUUCCAUUCAUCCACCCUCCUUCACCUACAUCUGCUCAGCUUCAUGUUCUUGCAACCUCUGUUAUCAGGAGUGAUGAUGUCAGUGCCGAUCCGCAAGCAUCAGUCACAAUUCCAGAGCAUCUCCUGAAACCCACGACUCAACCAGAUAUUCCCGAGGAGUCCCCUUCAGUCAGCCACAUUGAGCCCAGCAGGGUUUUCGAGAGAAACACUCCAAACAACAGCGAGACGGUUGAUUUGUCUGACUCUGAGAUCCUUCAGGCUAUAAAGACCCAGAGCUCUGAACCACCCAGAGUCUCCUCUUCAUCUCCUAUAGUCUGGUUCUCCUCUUGCCUCUCAGAGCUGGAUUCCAAGUUGGCUGCUCUACAGAACAUUGCAGAUCAUUUGGAGAAGGACUUCUCAAACUCCAGGGUGCUGGUUAACACUAUUGAAAAGCACAAGCCAGAGAAGGCUCCUUUUGUGAAGACGACCACAGCAGUAAAGAAAGCUGUCAGACUCACUGUCCCUAAGAAAGCAUGGGCACCUGAUGUGGACAUUUUACCUGAACUGAGUGAAUCCCAAGAAGAUGAUGAAAAUCAAGAAGAGGAGUUUGUGUUUGAUUCCAGUCCUGAAAGAACACCUUCUUUUCAUUAUUCCACUUCUCCUCACGGUCACAGAGCUGGUCUUUCCCACCUAAACAGCCCACCAAGAAUGGAAGCUCAGUUAAAUGAAACAUUCAUGAUAUCUCAUGCAUCGCCAGAUGAGAGUCUGGGUCAGACUGAGCUAUCCGAUACAGCAGAAAUCUUAGACGAGUUGAUAAGAGAAGGCUAUUUAUCUCAGACUGACUUGGAUUUGUCCACCUCACAGACUCCACACCGUAGCAGCAGGCAGGACCAACUGCAGAGUAGCUCCAUGUCGCAGAAUCGUGCAGAGGAUGAGAGAAGAGAGCUGAGGAUGUGGAUGAGAAGAAGACAGAGGGAAAGACUGGCUGCUUAUCAAAAACACAGAGAGACCCUGAGAGAGAGGGAGCACAAACCUUUCUCUUCUUCAGCAGCAGUGUAUUCGGCAACCAAAAAUAGAGCAACCAGUUUGAGAAGCAGAGAGGAAAAAGAAAAGGCCCUGCUUCUUGAGCAGUACAACAAGGGGACCCGUGAGGCUUUUUCUUUGGUCAAUGACUUUCUCACCUCUCCUGCAUCCACAUUAAGCUUGUCACAGACUGAAGGACCUCAGGUGGCCUCCACCACACACUCUUCCUUUGCUCCUCCCUCAGGCAGCACUCACAGGGUUGACAGCAAUAUCAAUAAUAAAAGAAGUCUGAAACCCCAGUCAGGACAAACCCCAGCCAGCCGUCACCCACAAUUUGCUGAAGUGCAGGUACGGCCUUCUGACGAUUACCACAGGAGACUGGGACUACACCGACCAGUGACCUUUUUGCCAAAGGACCGCUUGUCUCAGGUGACCAAACGUGGUAUGCUCAAGAGCCCAAGUAAACUUCCUGCAGCGAGCCACAGUAAGGAACAGCAUGUCAGGUACCAGAGAAAGACGGAAGUGAACAGAAGUUCUUCAGAAGGAACUGCAGUAAGGAGAGGGAUCCUGAGGGAGCAGACAAGGCCGGAAGAGCGAGAAGAGAUGGACCGAUCAGGGUUCAAUAGGCUGCAGGAGGAGUUGCAGUAUAACAUAGCUUUGGCAGGGCUUUUGGAUGAGCAUGGUGAUGCUUCCAGAUCAGAGAUGGACUGGCUGGAUAAUCUCUCUGAGAGUGGAAGCAGCAACCUGAGCAAAAUAGACUGGGAAGCUAUUGAGAGGAUGGCGGCUGGAGAGGAAGUCUGAGUGUCUCUAGGAAAGCAAAAAUGGUGCCAUGUAGACACUUAAAUAGCUUAAAAUAUUGCUGGAAAAAUGAAAUGUGCUGCAUUUGUAUGUACCUAUUGCAUAUACUGUAAAUCCAAAGUGUUUUAAACUGUGAUUAAAAUAAUAAAUAAUAAUAAUAAUAAAACAAUAAAUUACA